GAACACCAGUGCAGUUUCAACAACAGAAAGCAGUAAAGAACUUUCACUGACGGGUAUGAACGAGGGUGCAGGAGAUGGCAAAUGAUUUCCAUGAUCAGAUAUUGGCACAACAAGUAGACAAGAUUCCAUUGAUACAGACUCCACAGUGUGGGUCAGAGUUCGAGGAAAGAAAUUCAGCUAACUUUCAGGAUGAAGAAUUAAACCUUAAAGUUAUUAAAGAGCUGUUGUGUAGACUUGGACUUGAGAACAAAUAUGAAGACAAACUCACCAAAGCAGAAUUUCUUGAAAUCUCCAAAUCCACUUUACAGAACAAAGAGCCCAGUAAAGAGAAUGAACUGGUUCAUGUUUUCAUGAAGCGACUUUUAACAGGAGAUUACACAGCAAGACAGGUCUCUGUCAAAACCAAACUCACAGACAAAAAGUCUCAAGACACAGACCAAAUAAAUGACUUUGCAGCUCUGUUUAAAAAAACAGAGAAUAAAGAAUGUUCACAGACCCUAAUCCAGAUCCACCCAAUGGAUGUCCAGAUGGCGUUGUUCCUCUGUGCAGAUGAUUUUCUGCGACAAAUCAUGGUGAAUAAAUUGGCACAGUGUCAGUAUGCGAUUCCUUUACUGGUUCCCAAUCCCUUUAGUGGGAAAAUUGAAUGUCCUCUCUGGACAAUCCGCCAAAUCAACAAGAACUGGAAGUCGUCUGAUGCUUCAGGAGAAAUCAUCAGCAAGACUCUGCCUGUUUACAAAGCAGAAACUCCAAUGGUGGCUUUCUUCAGGCUUGGCUCUGUUUCCUCAUCCAAGUCUCAGCUCAUCAACCACCUGAUUAAUGAGAAGCACAACACAUUCUUCCACAAACACUGUCCAGGCAGCAGCAGAACUCGACUACUGAUGGAUGGAGUGGUGGAGAUCGCCUGGUACUGUCCAGCUGGGAAAAGAUCUGAUCAUUUCUCUGAAUGUGUUGCCUUCUGUAAUCUUCAUGGUGAUUCCAGCAUUGCUGUAACUCAAAGAGAAAUACUAACUACCAUGGCCUCUGUAAAUGUGAUACUUUUGCCCAAACUUGAUGAGGAGGAUCAUAAUAUGGGAGUUGUGCAGGAGUGCUGCAAGUCUCAAACUCCUCUCAUUGUAGUUCUUACUGAUGAAGAGGAUGAUAAUGAAGAUGCUCUGUGUGAGAUUAAUAAAGGAAAAUACAGAGUGACACUGAAGGGGAGAAAUCAGUCUGAUGUUUCUGUAUUACUCAGAGAUGUGAUCAAGAACUGUCUCUUACAAAAACACACAACCUUCAUCCUUGAAAACAUGACUAGAAACUCAAAGGUCAGUGUGGAUGAGAGUAAUGAAUCUUGUAAGCGAGGAAAAGAAGCUGCACAAAAGAUGAUGUGUCUUCUAGAUGGAAAAGAUCCACUGAUAGUAAAAGAGAAAUAUCUGCCCUGUCAGGGAAAGCUGUGGCACGACUGGUGCCAGAAGAGCAAAGAGUUACAGCGACUUGGUAACAUGGUAGACAAUGAGCUCAUUAAAGGCAAGGCACAUAAAAUGAAAGAACUCCGGUGGAAACAACAGGAACUACGGUUUAGUGGACUCAUUAGUUUCUUUGUUGCUAGUUUGAACUUAUUGUCGGUACAUGAUAGAAUAUAUUUUCUCCAAUGGACUGGAAUUUACCUGGAUGAGUUUAUGUCAGCAAAACUUUCUGACAUCCAUCAAGAAUAUGACAAAAAAUUGAAUGAAGUGUUGGCAUUGAAUGGAAAAAAUUACAAAUCUGAAGAAACAGAACAUAAAGAAUCAAAUCUGGAAAAAGCCAAAAAAAAAGCCAAAAAAAAUAACUUAGAAAAAAUCUCAAACAAACAAAAUGCUGCCCACCUUGGAUUGGAGCACCUGCUGAGAGAGAUGGGACAGAUUUAUGAAGCUUCAGUCUCUGAAGAAAAGAACAUGACAGGAAAAGGAAUAGGAAACUUCUCUUACCUGCCUGAACUUGCUGCUGAACUCCUGAUAUCUGGGCACCCAGUGGAACUGAUGGAUGGUGAUACAGCUUAUGUUCCUCUAACCUGGGUUUCAGCUCUUCUAGAUGAAGUCAUCAAGAAACUGGGAGACCCAAGAGUUUUCGUGUUGUCAGUUUUGGGGAUUCAGAGCUCUGGGAAGUCCACCAUGCUGAAUGCCAUGUUUGGGCUGGAGUUUGCAGUCAGUGCAGGCAGGUGUACCAGAGGAGCCUUCAUGCAACUGGUUAAAGUUUCUGAGGACAAAAAGAAAGACCUGAAGUUUGACUACAUUUUGGUUGUUGAUACUGGAGGUCUCCGAUCUUCAGAGCGGUUUGGAAAUAACAGCAUCCAGGACAAUGAACUUUCUACAUUUGUAGUAGGAUUAGGAAAUGUGACUUUGAUUAACAUCAAUGGAGAGAACCUUCUUGAGAUGCAAGAAAUACUCCAGAUAGUUGUUCAUGCAUUCCUCAGGAUGAAGCAGGUUAGAUUUAAAACCAGCUGCAUGUUUGUACAUCAGAAUGUUUCUGAUAUUACAGCUGGAGAGAAAAUCAGGGAUGGAAGGAGGCAUCUACAGGAAACACUGGAUACAAGGACUAAACUAGCAGCUAAAGAUGAAGACUGCUGUACAGGAAAUUUCACUGAUGUCAUUGCAUUUGAUGUAGAAAAUGAUGUGAAGUAUAUUGCACAGUUCUGGGAGGGUUCUCCACCCAUGGCUCCACCAAACCCACACUACAGCGAGAACAUUCAGGAACUAAAGAGAGAUAUUAUUUCUCGUGCAGCAACUACAGAUGUCCUCAAAUUAUCCCAGUUCCAAAAGCAUCUAAAAGACCUGUGGAAUGCUCUACUGAAUGAAAAUUAUGUGUUCAGUUUUAAGAAUGCUAAAGAUAUCAGUGUACAUGAACCUGAAGAAGAACUUCUAGUAGCAUAUCUUUAGUCUGACGACUGCUAUAUAGAAGACAAAAUGAUUACUAGAGCAGGCAUUAUAGGAAACGAAUACUACUACUCAGGAAGGCCUGCCAGAUCCAUCCAUGUUAAAAUCCUUGCAUUAUUUUGUGGCAUUUUUAAAUUAAAAGUUUAGUUAUUUAAAUCACUUAACAAAACACUUUUACAUAACAAUUUACAUGUUUUUUCUUUUUGUUCCUUUUAACCAUUUAUAUAUUCAUAUGUAACACUGCUUACUAAAUGUAAGUUUUUCAGUAAAAAAAAAAUAAUUUAUUUUACAUGUAUUGGUAAAAGAAUCAUUCAUGCUGGAGAUAUUUGUGUUCUAACGUUUGCCAAUAAAAAAAUACAACCAGUGAUUGCUAUUGUACAAACACUACUGUACUGAGAUAACA